UGUUGCUGUAGAUAUUGUUAGAAAUUGAAAAAUAGCUGGUAAAAAUAGUGAAGUUGUGGUCUCUGCAAUUCUUGGUGGUGAUUUUCACUAGAGUGAAAUGAGUACCCCGGAACAAGCUAGUAAAGAUCCUGAAAAGGAGAACAACCAAAAAGGUGACCCAAUACAACCACGCACACCUCCUAAAAUGGAGACUUUGAGCAGUGCGGAAGGAGAUGCCGAUGAGAAGGCCGGUAGCUCACUGGCACAACCCACGUGCGAAGAGGACAAGGGUACACCAAGUGACACUCUUGAAUUAGCAUCCAGUGACUUCACAAAAGAUACAUCUACUCUGACUAAGUCAACAGAACCACACACAGAGAUUCCAGAAAAGGACAAAACCUCAUUCAGCAAACCGCUGUCAGAAAAAGACACGGUCACUCCAAGCAGCUCAUCUGAACAGGUGUAUGAAUACUCCCCAGUGAAAUCUGGGACCUUGACAAGCAGCUUGCCUGAACAGGACGCACCAAAUACAGACGUGCCAGAAAAAGACGUGACUGAGAGUGGAGACCAUCAUGUUGAACCACCACAAGAGCCACUGCCCCAAGUAGAGGAACAAGACAGGGGUGAUAAAGCCGGUCGAAAAAAAUCGAAAGAGCGCCGAGGACGACGCGAGUCUUUAAGGGCUGUUAUGGCACGUAAAAAAAAAGAAAUGAAGAGUACGCAAGGAACGGCCGCAAAUGAAGAGCCUGUGGCAGAUCCUUACGAUAAUGCUACAUCUUGCAUUCGACUCACUAGAGGACGUACUGGAAUUGUGUAUGAGGUUGAUCUUCUUAAACACAAGUGUGAGUGGGACGACAAUCAUCCCGAGUGCCCGAAAAGGUUGAGCAGCAUAGUAGAUAAAUGUAUUGACAAAGGAUUAUUUAGUCAAUGUCUGCAAAUACCGAAUUUUCUAAGACCCGAUUUGUAUGAGAAAAUCCUCACCAAGCACUCAGCUGAGCAUUACGAGAAAUUAAAAACUUUGUGUCAGUCUGCCAACUUAACUACAAUGGAGCACGUGGCCUCUGAGUAUGACUCCGUGUAUUUCAAUAACCAUACUUUUGAUGCCGCUUGUCGCGCUUUGUCGUCAGUUUUGAAUCUCGUGUUGGCCGUCGCUAAACAGGAUAUUAUGAACGGGAUGGCUUUUGUGAGACCUCCUGGUCACCACGCUAUGUAUGACGAGUUUAACGGCUACUGCUUCUUUAACAAUGUUGCCAUCGCCGCAGAAGCUUGUAUUAAAGAAAAUCUCGCUAAACGAAUUUUGAUUGUAGACAUAGAUGUCCACCAUGGUCAGGGCACACAACAGAUGUUUUAUGACCGGAAGGAUGUGUUGUACUUUUCGGUGCACCGCUAUGAGCAUGGGUAUUUCUGGCCAAAUUUAGCAGAAAGUAAUUUCAAUUACAUUGGUAAAGGUGAAGGUGUGGGUUACAACAUAAACGUGCCUUUGAAUGUGACGGGGUUACGCGAUGAUGAUUACCUGGCAGUUGUUUUCUACCUUUUGCUGCCUGUGGCUUAUGAGUUCAACCCCGAUCUCAUUAUUAUAUCUGCUGGCUACGAUGCAGUUAUUGGUUGCCCGGAGGGUAAAAUGCUCGUAACCCCGGGAUUUUACUCACAUUUGGUAAGUCUGCUCCAUGGAGUGGCAAAAGGCCAAAUUGCGGUAGUCCUCGAAGGUGGCUAUUUCAUCCCCACUUUAUCAGAGGCAGCUUGUUUGACUCUAAAAACAUUGAUUGGAGGUCCGUGUCCUCUCUUGGACCCAAUUCGAAACAUUCAUCCCAGCGUUAUAGAGACGAUUCGUCAUGUUCGUCGUGCUCUAUAUGGAAAAUGGAACUGUUUUGAUAUUUGUGAGUUCGUUGUCCCUAAACAAAACGUUCCAGACGAUGAAGAAGACAUGUACAAGAUACAAUACUUCGGAAAACAGGAGGGUACACCUUAUGCAACUAGAACAGGCUAUCCGGAAAAUACAGUCCCGGAAACCUACUAUUUCGCCAGAAUUAACAAAGCUUUGCAAGAAAAAUAUCGUGCAUCUGUAAGUUUACCGUAUGCGUGUGUUUACGAUGAAAAAAUGUUGGCACAUACUCCACAAAGGGGAGACAUCGAGCGUCCCGAAAGACCCGAACGUCUCACAUCCAUUAUGAAAGGCUUUACCGAUUAUGGCAUUGAUAAACGCUUACUUCGAACCAAAAUCACCAAACACGAUUGGUCUGUCUAUAGCCCUCACAUUCCGAACUAUUUGGAGGCGAUCAAUAUGGGGUUAUUGCAGUCCAAAGAUCUGUAUAUUAACGAACACACUCGUGACUCAGUGAAUACUGCUGUCUCAGGAUUACUAACGGUAAUUGAUAACGUAAUGAAUGCUACUUGUCGAGGAGGUGUCGCAGUUAUUCGUCCUCCUGGUCACCACGCAGAACACAGAAAACCUGGAGGUUUCUGCUUUGUUAAUAAUGUUGCUGUGGGUGCCAACUACCUCAACAUCAAAUACAAUAUGCGAAGGAUUUUGAUUGUCGACUUCGACGUACACCAUGGAAAUGGCACCCAGAAUAUGUUUUAUACUGAUCCUCAUGUAUUGUACAUCAGUAUACAUAAAGACGAUAAGGGGAAAUUUUUCCCACCAAAGUCACCUCGCAGCUAUAAACACGACGGUUUUGGAGCCGGUAAAGGUUUCAAUAUUAACAUUCCUUUCAAUAGGGACAAAAUGGGUGAUACUGAAUACAUCGCCGCUUUUCAACAUGUUGUCUUGCCGGCAGCUUAUUCUUUUGCCCCCCAAGUGAUACUUAUAUCAGCUGGUUUUGACGCUGGAAUUAAUGAUCCCUUGGGUGGUUACGAAGUACACCCAGAAACAUUUGGGCAUUUCAUCAUGAUGCUUAGACCAUUAGCUGAAGGACGUCUCAUUCUGGCCUUGGAAGGAGGAUAUAACUUAACAACCACUACUCAUGCGAUGGCUCUUAGUACUAAGGCCUUACUUGGAGACCCUAUAAUAAUGCCUAAAAAUAUAUACAAGAACUUUUCGUAUCACGCCAUGCUAUCAAUUAGAGAUGUUAUGGAACAUUUUAAGCAAUACUUUGAGGUGUUCAAGGUACACAAGAAGUUGCCUAAUAAGCCAGUAAUAAUUAGGAGAAUUCAGAAGUUCACGGCGGAUACGUACGCGAGAGUUCUAUUUAAGGUGCUCGAUCCCGACAGAAUUGACGAUAAUGACUAUGUGGAGACUGAGAUGAGCAUUCUGAAUGCAUUAGCUUGUUGAAACUAGUCUAUUUCUUGUGAUCUGAUGAGUCAACCUACUAGUCAGCAAUAGUGGCUCAAUAUUCCUUAUACAAGUAUUGUUGUGUUUUUUUUUUCUCUGAAAAGUCUAUUUCAGUUCUGUUACUAACGUUAAUUCGUUUUUUGUUUCUAUUUGUACUGUUCACAUUUUCGUAAUAAAAUUUAUAAUUAAUAAAA